AUGGAUCCUGGACCUUCGCAACCUCGAAUGCCCAAAGGCCUUUGCCAGGCAGACCAAGGGUCUUCAGAGCCUCAAAUGCUCCAAGGAACACUUGAUCCUCCCGAGCAGUCAGAGGAAGGACCCUUGCGGCUUCAAGUGUCCACAGAAGCACUUGACCCUGUCCAGCAGAUGUUCACAUGGCUACACGCCGAGAGAUGGACUAUAUCACUACCUGAAAGGAACCAAAGCAUGCCGCCUGCUCUGAGGGCAACCCAGAACAUUGAUCGACUCUGCUCAACAUGCCAAGCCUUUCCCUGGGCAUCUCUCUGGAAGCAAAUGCACCAUGGGAAAGGCAGCUGGCUACCGAGGCACCAACGACGUCGGCUCAGUACAAUCCGUGGAGAGAGGACAGUGCACAUACCUCGAUGGCAAGAAUAUCACCUGAGCUUCGACAAGGCGAGCACCGAAUGGAAAAGCAGAAUCGAGUCAGCGCAAAAGAGAUGGGACCUCGAUCAAUUGGAUGCAGUCACCUACGUAUCACACCGUAUGGAAGCUGGCAGAUGGGUGCUUUUGCUCGGAGCCCCAGGCUGCGAACCUGCUAAGCUUUCGGUCUCCUUUGCACAACGCGCGGAAAAUCCUCUGCCACCCACGGUUCGAUCUGAAGGGCGUACGAGUGACUUCGCCAGGCAUUGGAUCUCGGCAUUGGAUCUCGAUAUGGUCAUUCAACUCCAGGUAAUCCGGGAAGAGUUGAAAGCCAGGCUGCUUGCUACAAGCGGGGAAGAGGCCCGCUACGCUGCUCUCAGUCAUCGCUGGUCUUCUUCAACCUCCUUAAGACUCACCACACAAAACCUGGAACUCCUCAAGAAGGGGAUCGAUAUUUCAGAGCUAUCACGCACAUUUCGUGAAGCAUUUGAAAUCGCCAUCGGGAUUGGACUCCAGUAUAUCUGGAUUGACGCCCUUUGUAUCCUCCAGGAUGAUGACCACGACUGGGCCAAGGAAUCUGCAAAGAUGGGCGAUGUUUACCGACACGCCGAUAUCACCAUCAACGCCUUUACAUCAGCAAACGGCAUUGGACAAUGCACCACGGCGUACGUACCUACUAAUCUAGUGGACUAUGCAUGCCGGGUCGAGGGACAAAUGUAUGUCCAUGAGGAGGAUGGGGGACUCGCGGAUGUCUACGAGCUCGAAGGCGUCACUCAAACACGAGGUUGGAUUUACCAAGAGGAGCAGCUCUCCCGACGACGCCUGUACUGUGGACAACACCAUUUGGUCUGGAAGUGUGCGGAAAUGUGGGCGAGAAACGACAGGCCCUUUGGAUUUUCCGGGGAAGAAUUCGACAAGCCCUUGAUGUCUGGCUAUCCAUGCUCGAAUUCGAAGCUCACUUUACGUCAAUGGCGUCAGAUGGUGCAAACCUAUACCAGGCGCACCCUGACAUACGCUGCAGAGGACAAGCUUCCAGCCAUCUCCGGGUUGGCUGCCGUCUUCGAAGAAGGUUUCCCAGGCCAUCAUCUCGGACCUUAUCUCGGAGGAAUAUGGAGAUGCGAUCUAUACCGUGGCCUCCUCUGGUACCGUGUGGGUAACUCUAUCGGCCCCGAUCGACGCAUUGAUGGGCCGUCCUGGUCUUGGGCCUCGUGGGACGGUCCGAUUGAUUUUGAAUUCGAAGACGACGAUGCCAGUUGGUCGGCAAGAAUGACAUGGCCACCCCAAAGAACUUACCCAUGCAAGGUGCGAGAGGCAUCAACGACCUUGGAGGAUCCGGUGAACAAGUACGGUCGAGUGUUAUCGGGCCGAAUCGUCAUCAAAGGAAGGGUGCUCAUGAACGCAGGGCGGUUGAGCGAACAAUCCAGAAACACAAAUCCAGCGGAUCCAGCGAUCCACCUGGACUCUGAUGCUAUCUUCCCCGAGGAUAGCAUCUUACUCCCCAUCACCCAUCGAUCAGGGCUCCUUCUGAGGGGGGAUCCGAGGACCACCACGGAUGCGACGCCGGUCUUCCGGCGGAUCGGAUUGUGUGUACGCCCGGAACGACAUGAAGAUUUCGACUGGUUGCGUGCCCCACGCUGGCAGAUCAUGGAGCUGGCGCUUGAAUAG